GCUCCCGUGAGCGCCAGGGAGGCCGGCGGGGGCUGCGGCUGCGGCUGCUAUGGCAACCGCCCUAAGGUGCUGGGGGAAGAGGGUGGGCGGCUUGUUCCCAGGCCCCACCACGUGCUGCCGGGUGGCGAGAGAGUAAGGAGGGCGUCGGCCGGGUUGGUCCCGCUCCGUUUCUGUCGCGGGAGGAGAGACCAGGUUCUGAAUCUGAAGGCCGAGGGGGCGCCCCUACCCAAGAGGACUCCAGCGAUGCCUUUUCAACAGCGGCCCGUGACCCAACUGGGAAUCAAGCCUGCAUCUGAAGCCAUGAGUACAAACAACCAAUGGGAUGUGAAUAAAGCACUGACCCUUGCUAGCCUCUUCCAUUUUCUUUAUGGUGCAGGAAAUGCCUGCACAGUUCCAUUUUUAACUCUAUACUUUCGGCAGCUGGGACUAACGGCACCAUUAGUAGGGAUUAUAAUAGGACUCAAACAUUUAAUCACUUCCCUUUGGGCCCCGCUAUGCUCCUACCUAGCAAAAACCCACAAUAAAAGGAAAGCUCUCAUCACGGGAUCUUUGCUGUGUUCCGUUGGAGCAGGUUUGCUUCUUACUCUUGUCCCACCACUGAGCAAAGACAUUGUCUAUAAAUAUUGUAACAUGAGCCAGCACGCAGGGAAACUACUAACUGCAACCCAUGUGCCUGAUAUAAGCAUAAAUAGUCUGAGUACAAUUAAUCCCAACCCUUCAACGGAUGACAAAAUCCUAUCCACUGGAUCACUUGGAGUGUCCUUUAAGAACUUGGUGACUACUGGAAAACCAACAGCAACGUCUAUGCCAUUCAAAAUGUUUUCCUCUAUAAAUACGCCUUCUGUGAUAAACAGUGGAGUCAAUGACAUUGAUAUAGCUAAACAGCAAAUCACAGCUAGCUCUUCUGGCAUGACAUCUGCUUCUGGGAAAGAAGUUGUAUCAGUGGAAGAAAUGUUAGAGUCACCUACUGUGAAUGGGCCCGUGAAGGCAAGCAGAAGCCCAACUAUUGACAUCAUGAACAUCAGUGAGAACUCUGAGGAAAACGGCUCCUUAAAUAGUCACUUUACAUUUCACACAUCCUCAGUAACCUUUACAAAAACACCCUAUGCUUUGAAAAACCUGUCAGGCCGCUGGGAAAGAGCACAGGACGUAAGCUCUCAGUUACUACAAGGUACUGACUUCUUGGACAGUGAGCACCAGGUCUUUCUCAUGGUGCUAGGUGCUGUUGUGCUUUGGGAGCUCUUGGCUGCACCUCUUGGGUGGAUGGUUGAUGACAGCCUCUACGAGUACCUUGACUUUGUUGAUGCUGCGGAUAAAUACGGGAACCUUUGGAUUUGGAGUUACUUGGGAGCAUCUGUGGGUGUCUGUAGUAUCACAGUAUUUGUGGGUCAGCUGAACUGUUUCUUGAGCACAAAUAUCCCACGGUUUGCUGUGCAUUUUUAUGGCUAUGCCUUGUUGAUAACUUUAUCAUUACUUGUUAGUAUCUCCUUUCCUAUCCACCUCUCCAAAAAAAAUGAACAUGUCAAUAAAACAGUCAAAGCCUUGAACCUCAUUGGCAGUGAUGGCCGAACAAUCCUGUCGGCUGUCACUGUCUUCCUCACGGGAGCCAUAGGAUCAACUGUGCAGAAUUUUCUCUUCUGGCUAAUGCAAGACCAAGGCAGUAGUGAGUUAUUCAUGGGCCUCUCGGUGGCCAUUGGACUGAUUGCUGAAAUUCUACUCUACAUCUUCAAAAGCAGGUUACUAAGGGCUCUCUCGAGUGGUGGCACAGUUGCUUUGAGCUUAAGCUCUUUGGCAGCACAGCUGCUCUACUAUUCAUUUCUAUGGAACGCUUGGGCAGUUCUGCCAAUCCAGAUUUUCUGUGCCUUCAGCAAUGGUGCCUUGUGGUGGGCUGUGAACAUGCUGGCAGAUGAUAUUGCCACGCCUGGCACAGAGAGGUCUUUGCAUCUUGUCCUUCAGGGCCUCUCUUAUGGAUGUGGAGCCAGUCUGGGCAGCUUUGCAGGGGGAUUUGUUGUGAACAGCUUUGGCCUGGCUGUGCUCUACAGGGCAUGUUCCAUAACUUUAAUUCUCUGGUUAAUCUUGUUCCUGAUUGUCCAAUCCAAGCUGCCACGGCAGAAAAAAAUUAAUUAUUCCCGUCUCCUAGCUGCAGAUUCCAGUGAUGUGAGUGACUCUGAUGAUGACAAGGAAAGGGACUGGCUUGUGAAAGCUAUGAAAGAUGAGAACUUCACAAGGAAUUGGUAACAGUCUUGCAUUUCAUCAGUCUGUGGGCCAAAGAACAGACUUUGCAGAAAUGGCAUGAAGUCAUUAGAAACAAUGCACAUGGAAGUUCUGAGGAACCCUUCUAAGAGCAGUAUGGUUUACAGUGUACAUAUCUGCUGGGAAAGCAACUAUAAAGAUUUUAUAAAUAUGUUAUUUUUUAUGAUUGAUGUAAAUAUUUGUAGAAAUUAUAUGUUUUCUAAAAUUUGAGUUUUCAAGAUUCAGGGGAAAGGGUUUCAAAACAUUUCUGCUGAAAUCAAUGUAGUUUUAACUUUCCAGAUUAAGACAAAUUUGGUUGUAGUUCAUAGCACUUAAAUCACUUUUUAAAAUACCCUGGAUUGGGCAGGGACUGUUCAGGAAGACCAUGUUUUGAUUGCUUUUACCAAUCCAAUCAUAUUUAUGGAUAUUGGAGCACUUUUCAGAAAUGGGCUGGGAUUUUGGAGUGAAAUUACUUAGGAGUCUAUGUAGGUUUUAUUGCUGGCAAAUCACCCAGCUUCCUUUUGAACAAUAUUUUUAAAGUGAUCCUAUAAUAUACUGAUGUGUCUGUGAGUUUUGGUUUUUACACACUGAAGCCUUUUAAAAAUAUAUAUAAAUCA